UUCUAUAUCCACUCAUUUUUGGUAUAUAAAUAGUUACUAAAAACAUAUCUUAGCCAUAUGUCAUAAACAUUUGUGGACAUGGCAAUAGACCAUACAAGAAUCACUAUCCGUGCAUUCAAAGAAAGUGACAUUGAAGAUGUGUUGUUAUGGUUAGGUGAUAAUAGAGUUCUUCAAAAUACUCGAAUGGAGGCAUGUAAUUCAAAAGAAGAGGCAUUAGAUUUCAUAAAAACUAAAUGCAUUUACCCAUUACAACAAUCAAUAUGUCUUGAUGACCACUCCAUUGGAAUUAUUUAUGUCCUUCCUUAUGAUAAUGAUCAGAAGCAUAAAGCAGAUUUAGGUUAUGCAAUUGGAUUUAAUUAUUGGGGUCAAGGUAUAGUCACCAAAGCAUUGAGGAUUCAUUUGUGUAAAGUGUUUCAAGAGUUCCCUUAUUUGCAUAGGUUGCAAGCUCAUACUCUUGUGGAAAAUAAGGCUUCUCAAAGGGUGUUAGAAAAAGUUGGCUUCAUUAGGGAAGGAUUGCUUAGAAAGGUUUUUUUACACAAAGGUAAUAUUGAGGAUUUCUAUAUUUUUAGUUUCUUGUCUAGUGAUGAAAUUCUUCAUGCUUUAUUUGAGUCCAUAUAUCAACAUUUUGUAGUCAUGGAAAUAGAGCACACAAGAAUCACUAUUCGUCCAUUCAAAGAAAGUGACAUGGAAGAUGUGUUGUUAUGGUUAGGUGAUAAUAGAGUUCUUCAAAAUACCCGAAUGGAGAUGUGUAAUUCAAAAGAAGAGGCAUUAGAUUUCAUAAAAACUAAAUGCAUUUACCCAUUACAACAAUCAAUAUGUCUUGAUGACCACUCCAUUGGAAUUAUUUGUGUCCGUCCUUAUGAUAAUGAGAAGCAUAAAGCUGAUUUGGGUUAUGCCAUUGGAUUUAAUUAUUGGGGUCAAGGUAUAGUCACCAAAGCAUUGAAGAUUCUUUUGUGUAAAGUGUUUCAAGAAUUUCCUCAUUUGCAUAGGUUGGAAGCUUAUACUCUUGUGGAGAAUAAGGCUUCUCAAAGGGUGUUGGAAAAAGUUGGCUUCCAUAGAGAAGGAUUGCUUAGAAAGGCUUUUUGUCACAAAGGGAAUAUUGAGGAUUUCUAUAUUUUUAGUUUCUUGUCCACGGAUGAAAUCCUUCAUGCUAUUUGA